GUGUCUGGGGGCAGGAACAGCCUCUUCCAAGGAGGCCAGGAAGCCCAGGUGUCGGUCUGGCCUGGGCCCCACAGCCCAUACAUCCUCUGCUGUCUGUGUCUCUGGCUCUGGCUCCUGGGCAUCCUCUCUGCUGGGUCCCGUCUCUCCCCAUAACUCCCUGCAUUUCUGACUUUGUGCUUCUCUGUCAGUCUGCCUGUGACACGUGCUGUGCCUGCCUCAACCCAAGAACCCCUCGUCCAGGAGUCCUCUGGGCCCCCAGGCAGCCAGCUCCCAGCAGGAAUGGGCAUGAAGACGCUAAUUCUGGCAGUGAUCCUGAUGGCUGCAGCCUGGGCAGAGGAGCAGAAUAAGGUGCUGCAUGGUGGACCCUGUGAGCAGACGUCUCACCCCUACCAAGCUGCCCUCUACACGUCAGGCCACUUGCUCUGUGGAGGGGUCCUCAUUCACCCGCUGUGGGUCCUCACCGCUGCCCAUUGCAAAAAACCGAAUCUUCAAGUCUACCUAGGGAAGCACAACCUUCAGCAAAGGGAGAGUUUCCAGGAGCAGAGCUCUGUUGUCCGGGCUGUGGCCCACCCUGGCUACAAUGCUGCCACUCACGACCAGGACAUCAUGCUGUUGCGCCUGGCUCGACCUGCCAAAUUCUCUGAACGCAUCCAGCCUCUCUCCCUGGAGCAAGACUGCUCAGCCAACCACUCGAGCUGCCACAUUCUAGGAUGGGGCAAGACAGCAGAUGGUGAUUUCCCUAACACCAUCCAGUGUGCAUACAUCCACCUGGUGCCCCGUGAGGAGUGUGAGCGUGCCUACCCUAGCCAGAUCACCCAGAACAUGGUGUGUGCGGGAGAUGAGAAGUACGGGAAGGACUCCUGCCAGGGGGAUUCUGGGGGCCCACUCGUGUGUGGAGACCGUCUCCGAGGCCUUGUGUCAUGGGGUAAUGUUCCCUGUGGAUCCAAGGAGAAGCCAGGAGUCUACACUGAUGUCUGCAGAUAUGGCCACUGGAUCAGAAAAACCAUUCAGGCCAACUAACCCUGACAUGUGACAUCCAACUCUUGACCUGUGGCCCCCACUUGCUGGCUCCAGAAUAUACCUGAUCAAGACUUUGCCUUCCCUCCACCUGCCCAGAUCCAACCCUUAAUGCUUAAUAAAAGCAGUGACAUGAUAGUACAAAUUCACCCUAAUUAUACCCCAGCCCCAUUCUUGCAUCACUGGGGACGAGUGGGGACAUGGGCUAAGGUCUUACCCCCACCACUAAGAGAAUACAGGAAAACCCCUUCCAAGCGUCUCUCCCACUUUGGUUAUUCCAUGGGCUCUACUUCUUCCUACAGAGGAGUGGUCACAAGUCUGGCAAAACCUGAGUUGGAAUCCCAACUCUGUCUCUUGCUGGCCCUGUGUACCCUGGGCAAGUACCUCCCUUGGCUGUGUAGAUUCUUUAAUCUAUAAAUUAAGGAUAACAAUAGUAUAUUCCUCAUAGGGCGGUAAUUGUUAUUGGGAGGAUUCAAUAUUUCCAACAUGUGAAACACAUACAACAGUGCCUGGCACACUUGAGUAAUAAAGUGUGGAUUUUUAUUAUUA